UAUGAUAGGGCUCAGCUGCUUGCCAAAUACAUGAAUUUAACGCGGGAAAGUCUUCCAUUCUGCUUUGUUCACUGGACUGUGGCUGUUGUACGUUUACGAUUAACUUUUUACGCUCUGGUUAUCAAAGACUGAGGCUGAUAUCAGCUGGUGCGUGCUUGACUCGUGGACCGCGCACUGGAGCCCCGCGGUUCGUGCGAGCCGUGAGAGUAGCAGCGCUGACCCGGCACACGCGCGACACGCGGCGCGGAGUCCCAGCAGGCCUUCCAGCCAUCACGCAUCAUGGACAUUGGGAGCUUCACUGCUGAGUUCCAGGCGCUCACAAGCCUGCUACGAGACCCGCAGGAAGAGGAGGCAGCGCCCGCCCCAGGAUCGGUCUCAAGACCCAACCCUGGCGCUAUCGGACCGAAAGAUCUGUUGAAUGUGAAGGUGCCAGCUCCAAAAGCUCGCCACGACCCUAAAGAGAUUUGGCGGGAGGAUGAGCUCCUGGACCCCGCGGCGGCAGCGGUGGAUGACGACUAUGAUGACGGGCGUGAAGUCCCCAACUACGAGUUCCUAUACAAGCAGGCGGUGGACACCGCGGACAACUUCUUGGGCAUGAGCGGCAAGGACGGCUCGAGCACCAGCUGCGAGGACCUGGUGGUGCGAGUGGAGCUGCCGGGCGCGGCCGGGGCCGCAGAGCUUGACCUCGACGUCAAGGACACCUACCUCAAACUCAGCUCACCGCAAUACAAGUUGUCCAUACAUUUGCCACAUAAGGUGGACGGCGAGCGGGGAAAGGCCAAGUGGGAUUCCACCAAGAAGGUGCUCUCAAUCACGCUGCGCAUCAUUCGGGAAGAGCCAUUCUGAUACAUUUCAGGCAGGCGGAGGUAUGCAUGGAUGCAUGCACCCUUGACGGUGCGAAGCCCACCAAGAAGGGUAAUGUCAACUGGUUGGGUGGACAGGGCGCGCGGACUGUAGAUGCACAAGUGCGUUGGGGUUGGAAUCAUCAGCUGCGGGACUGUCUGGUGUCGUUCGCCCAUGGUUGGCCCAGGGCCGGCGGCUGAGUAGUACAGAGUAGUACGUGCGGAACGGCGGUUGGUUGGUCUGCCUCGGUUUGGAGGGGGAGGAUCUGGCACACCGACACCGCCAAGGUCCUCGGCAGCAGUAUGCUAAAACCAUUACGUUAUUUGAGGAAGUCGGGACCCGGUCAGAGCAAACUGUGAUACUGGAGCGGGUAGGCAUGGGUGUAUGCGGGUUGGCCCGGGGAUGCUGUCUGGCUUGCAUUCUGCAGCGAAGCGAACACACAGUGCUCAUGUCAUACUUGAAAGUAUGCAGAUGCUCUGGUCCGGUGCUCUGCGCCGCACUUCACCGACGUCACGCCUUCUGUGCGCUUCGAGUGCAAUUUGUCCUGUGAGAGGGCAGGGGGGUUCCUCCCGUUGGGUUCGUGUCGUCUCUCAGGCACUGGGGUUUGCGGCGUGUUGUCCUAGAGCAGAAAGCAUCGACGUGUGUAUGCAUAUCCAUGGGUAUACAUUGCGGUGAACUGCUUGGCUGAUGUUGUCGGACCCCGCCGGCAAGCAAAUUCCAACGUGCUUGCACACGGCGACGCAGUUCUGGCUCAGCACACAAGGAUAGGUCGGAAAUGUCAUGAUUGAAUACUAUAAUGACAGGAUAAGGGCCGAGUAAAG